AUGAUCUUUCCAACAAAAAUGUCACAAAAAACAAAUAAAUUCUCAUAUUACUAUUAUAAUGUCUUUAUGGUAUGCUUGUUAAUAUUUAUAUUAUUUAUUGUUUCAAUCGCAGCAUAUCAUAUUUUUAAGUUUAGAAGUAACCAGAAACAUUCUGUACAUAAUGCAAUAGUCCAUAAUGACUUAAAUUCUUUACAUAUACAAAUGUUAAAUGCAGACUCAUUGAUGGGAGAUACUACAAAUUUUUCUUGUACAUAUUUUGGUUGUUUUAAUGUUUAUCGAUGUGGUAGUCAAGGAAACAAACUUUUAGUAUAUGUUUAUCCACCAAAAAUAUAUGUGGAUGCUUCAGAAAGACCCAUAACAAAUCAAAUGACCAAAGAAUUUUAUCAAAUUUUAAGUACUAUAAUUUCAAGUAAAUUUUAUACGCCAAAUCCAUAUGAGGCAUGUAUCUUCAUUCCAUCGAUUGAUACACUAAAUCAAAACAGAUUAAAAUUAUAUGAGGUUUCACAAGCUUUAAAAGCAUUACCAUUCUGGAAUAGUGGUGAAAAUCAUCUUAUAUUCAAUAUGGUUCCUGGAAGUGUACCAGAUUAUAAUACAAUCAUUGAUAUACCUGUUGGGAAGGCAAUGAUUGCAGGUGCAGGAAUGUCAUCCCUAACAUAUAGACCUGGUUUUGACAUUAGUUUACCAGUAUAUAGUCCCAUUAUAAACAAUCUUAAAUCUAUGGUUAAUAAUACAAGGCCCUGGCUAGUUAUUUCUUCUCAAAUUAACAUCAAUUCCGCUUUUCAACAAGAUUUAGUAGAAGUAAAGUCCAUGGCCCCAAAAGAGAUUUUAAUAUUAGGUCCAUGUCUCCAUCAUAAUUCUAUGAAUGCUACAAUUAGAUGUGCAGGAGAAUAUGUAUAUAAAUAUCCUAAUGUACUUCAAACUGCAACGUUUUGCCUAGUGAUUCGUGGAGCAAGACUGGGUCAGAAUUCACUUCUAGAAUGUAUGGCAGCAGGUAGUAUACCUGUAGUUAUAGCUGACUCACUUAUAAUGCCAUUUUAUGAUGUAAUUGAUUGGACCAGAGCCACUAUAUUUGUACGAGAGGUGGAUAUAUUAUCCAUAAUCCCAGUUUUGAAAAAAGUAUCUCGACAACGAAUUGGAGAACUUCAAGAACAAGGAAUGUGGCUUUAUGAAAAAUAUUUUAAAUCGAUAGAGAAAAUAACGGAAACGACAUUAGAAAUACUUGCAGAUCGUGUAUUUCCACAUUUAGCUAGGGAUUAUAUAUUUUGGAAUGUACCUUCUCACAAGGAUACUAAAUCACCACUCUUUUUGCCUAUUACUGCACCAAAAACUCGUGGAUUUACAGCAGUAAUUUUGACAUAUGAUAGAUUGGAAUUAUUAUUUCUCCUGAUUAACAAACUUGUUAAAGUACCAAGUCUGUCUAAAGUUCUAGUAAUAUGGAAUAAUCAGCACAAAGAUCCGCCACAUUCAUCUAAAUGGCCAAAGUUAAGUAAACCAAUAAAAGUUAUACAAACAAAGGAAAAUAAAUUAUCUAAUAGAUUUUAUCCUUAUAAUGAAAUUGAAACUGAAGCAGUACUAUCAAUAGACGAUGAUAUUAUAAUGCUGACUGCAGAUGAAGUAGAAUUUGCUUAUGAGGUUUGGAGGGAGUUUCCAGAUCGAAUAGUUGGGUUUCCAUCGCGAAUUCACAUGUGGGACAAUGGAACUAAUUGUUGGAAAUAUGAAAGCGAGUGGACCAAUAGUAUCUCUAUGGUCUUAACUGGAGCUGCAUUUCACCAUAAAUAUUGGAAUUAUAUGUAUACAACUGCUAUGCCAGGUGACAUAAAAGAAUGGGUUGAUGAACAUAUGAAUUGCGAGGAUAUAGCUAUGAAUUUUUUAAUAGCAAAUAUCACUGGAAAAGCGCCAAUAAAAGUAACGCCAAAAAAGAAAUUUCGAUGUCCAGAAUGUACGAACACCGAAAUGCUUUCAGCAGAUUUAACACACAUGGUAGAACGCACGCAAUGCAUAAAUAGAUUUUCAUCAAUUUAUGGAUCAAUGCCAUUACAAUCAGCUGAAUUUCGAGCUGAUCCAGUCUUGUUCAAAGAUGUGUUUCCCGAGAAACUUAAAAGAUUUAAUGAUAUUGGAAGUUUGUAA